GUACACAGAACAUUGCAGUUCUUAUAUGGUAUCAGAGCCGUUUACCUCUUCAUCGAGAAUUUUUUUUAAUCCCUCUCUUCAGUGAUGUCGUCCCCCACUGUUGCAUCCUCAACCGAGCUCGUUCAUGUGGCUGGCUCGAAGCAUUUUCCGAUCAAAUUAACUAAAACAAAUUUCCUUGUGUGGCGCCAACAGGUUCAUUCCACCCUUGUUGGCCUCGAUCUCCUUGGAUUUGUCGAUGGAACCUCUGUUGCCCCUGUCCAAUUCCUUGAUGCUGCCACCAAGAAGCUUAAUCCAGUGUAUCUGUUGUGGCAUCGCCAAGAUCAAAUUCUCCUCGGGGCUAUCUUGGGAAGUCUUUCCGAGUCGGUUCAGCCCCUCAUCUCUUUAGCCACUACGGCUCAUGAGGCCUGGACUCGGCUCACAUCUAACCUUGCGAGCAUGUCUCGUAGUCAUAUUAUAUCUCUUAAAGCACAACUCCACAAAAAUCCCCGUGGUUCUCGGUCAAUUGAUGAGUUCAUUGCCGACAUGUCCACAAUUGCAGCUGAUCUUGCGCUUGCCGGAAGUCCCGUUGAGCACGAUGAUCUCAUUGUGUCCAUCAUGACCCAACUUGGUGACGAAUAUAUGUCUAUCUACCAAUCUCUCCGUGGCCGCAAUGAAAGCCUCACCAUUGAUGAACUUGGACAUAUCCUGAAUGAUUGUGAGCGUCAACUUCAACCCAAGGAUGCACUUGAGACCCCGAUUGUUCCGACUGCCAACUAUGUUGGACGGUCUACGAGUGGUGGUUCUAGCUCUUCCUCUCGGCCAUCUGGACAUUCACAUGCUCCCUCUCGCGACUCCUUCCGCCGAGGGCGUGGAUGACGUGGGGGUUCCACUGGUGG